AUGAUGUUCUUUAUUCCCACAGGAGAAACUGAAAAUGUGCCAGUGAGUAACCCUGCAACACAGAUUUCUCAGUUGCAGGCACUGGCCUCUGAACUAAAAACUGGUUUCACUGAAGCAAUGCAGGAACUUUCAAGAAUUCAGCAUGGAGAGUAUGCUCUGGAGGAGAAGGUUAAGAGCUGCCACUGUACAAUGGAAGAGAAAGUGUCAGAGAUGAAGAAUUCGCUGAACUCUUUCAAGGAGGAGCUCAGUGAUGCCAAGUCGAAGAUUGAAGUGAUCAGUGCCAAGCAAGAGGAAAUGCAACAGAAAAUUGAACAGCUGCAACAAGAGAAACGUCGGGAAUCCCGGAAAGUGAAAACUAAAAGAACACAAAAGGAUGAACAUGGGUCACAAACGGUGCCUACUCCUCUACAAGGCAGUCCGUUCCGAUCGAUAAAUCUCCCGGAACCUGUACUGAUUAAUGAAGAUUUUACAAGUCUUUUGCACCAUGCAACCUAUGAGAGAGUCUCCGAUACCAGAUCCAUGGCGGCUGGAGAAGGAAAUGUGAAAGUAGUGUCAGGCACUGGGGGGAGCAGUGCAAAUCCAGAGACAGAAGAAAGCCUCAAGCCUUCCUUGCCAGCUGACAUUCAGCCAAAGGGUCACCCCCCAUCGACUGUGUGGAAGCAGCCCAAGGACAGCAAAGAGUGGGGUGAUGAAUAUAUUUCUAAGGAGCACCCAGACAGAGUGAAGGAAACAGGCCAAAGCAGAUACACCUCAGUGGACAAUGUCUUAUGUGAAACUUCUUUCGCUGCCAAAAGACAGAGCAUCGCUUUGGAGCUGCUGGAGUCUGAGAGGAAAUAUGUCAUCAACCUGUCCCUGAUCCUGAAGAUCAAAGCCACAUUGCAAGGCUUAGACGUGAAGAGGAACACCAAAGAGAGAAGUUUCUUCCCCGGUUCUUUACGAUACCUGGUCCAGCAGCAUGUAGACUUACUUCACAUGCUGCAAGAGAGGGUGCUGAGUUGGCCACGUCCAGGAAUCCUGGGAGACAUAUUCCUGAAGUUAACAAACGAUGAGAACAAUUUUCUGGACUACUACAUUGCUUACUUGAGGGACCUGCCGGAAUGCAUCUCACUGAUCCAUGUGGUGAUUCUGAAGGAGGUGGAAGAAGAAAUUAAGUCUGACCUCUACAUGCUGUUCUUUCAUAUAGUCCAGCGUAUCCCCGAAUACCUUAUUCACUUACAGAACAUCCUGAAGUACACCGAGCAAGAGCACCCUGAUUACUACCUGCUCCUGGUGUGUGUGCAGCGCUUCCGCAUUUUCAUCUCGCACUACAGCCUGCUAUUACAGUGCAACGAAGACCUGCUCAUACAGAAACGGAAAAAGCUGAAGAAGUCGUCCCUGGUUAAGUUAUACAAAGGUCUGGCUUCUCAGUGUGCCAGUGCCAGCCAGGAGGUUUCUCAGACACCCAGCACAACAGCCAUCCGAGACAGCGGGAUCCACUCCGAAGAGGUGAUGCAGCCGUUCCCAGCAGCCCCUUCUUCCAGCACAACAGCCACGCAUUUGAUGCCACAGAUGAAGAAGAACCAGUCCGCAAUGAUGGAGAACAUCCAGGCUGGGAAGCCAUCGGACUGGGAAAUGGAGACUAGAAAACACGAAAGGCCAGAAAACAUCCUUGCUUCAUCUCAGUUCCCCGAGCAGGAGCUAAAGGCCAUGUCCAUCCCCUUGCAGGCGAUCCCGGAGAUGGACUAUGAAACUCCCCCAGCCGACCCAAUGGGAAAUGCUGAGAGAUCUGUCAGGACCUCAAUGGAGCUGCUGCAGGAUGCUAGAAGCUUUGCUCCACACUACGAAGAGUUGGACUAUGGGGGGGAAGUUUUCACCCUGCCAGGUCCCUACGAGGACGAGACCUUUCAAAACCUGGCUCUUUUCGAGAACUGCUCCCCGGCCUCCUCCGAGUCCAGCCUAGAUAUUUGCUUUUUAAGGCCUGUUAGCUUUACGGUGGAACCCGACAGGACAGAGCCCUCAUCACAGCCGCUGCCGAAAAGCAGCAGUGCUUACAAACAGGAGGCGUUUCACAGCAAAGGCAAGCAGCUGAGCAGGUCCCUGAAGGAGUUCCCCAGGAGCACUGAGGGCAUGAGCGCCAGACUCUACAGCACCAGGAGCAGCUCCAGUAGCCAGCUGCAGCACAAGCAGGAGAGAAGCAUGCAACCUCACCUGAUCUCGGCAUCAUCUAGAAGCUCCCAAAGGAGCUACUUCCCCCCGCCGAGAGGGCUGGGGGAGAAACAGAGCUUUUUGGAAGAGCUACAUGCAGAAGACAACACCAGGUUCUGCCAGAAGGAUGACAACGAACAAACAUCCUUCAGCGAGCACAACCCGCGGCAGGAACCCAAAGGGGGCUUCCGGAGCUCCUUCCGCAAGCUCUUCAAAAAGAAAUGA